AUGAUGAGGAUGAGGAUGAGGAUGAGUUUGAGGAAAGAAUCUACAAUCCAUAACAUGACUCAUCUCUUACCAUCACCAUCACCAUCACCAUCAAAGAACAAUCAACAUCAUCGAUCGAAUUCCAAUCCAAGUCCUAAUUCAAUCAGAGAAAUCAAAAAAGAACAAGAUCGUAAAGUUUUAAUCUCAAAAUGGCAAAAUGGUUUAAUCCAUUCAUCAUCAUCAUCAUCAUCACCCUUACGUAAAACUAAAUCUUUCAAUCAUCAAUCAUCAAUCCCAAUCUCAUCAACAGACGACAAAUCAACUUCUAAAGAUUCAUUUUAUUCUAAUCAUAACUUAAACAGAUUAAGUACUUUUACUGAAAAUGGUUCAUCAAUCGAUGAUAUUUCAUCCAAUUCAUUUCCAUCUACUCUAAACACUUCAAUCAAUUCAACUCAACCUAAAUCAGGUUAUCAACCUAGACCAUUACUUUUAUCAUCUUUUAAUCAAUCUAACAAAACUAAUUCAUCAGUAAAUUCAGCAUUAAAACGACAAAUCUCAAAUUUAGAAAAACGUCAAUUACAAAGACAUCAAGAAGAGAUUUUAAAAGAAUUCAAACUUAAAAAGAAACAAGAUAGAUUAAAUGAGUUAUCAGCUAUCAGUUCAAAGCUGAAUCCUUCUUUCGAAAAUCCAGAUGAUGAUCAUUGGGAUUGGUUAAGUUCAGAUUCAGAUCAUCAUGAUCAACUUACUCAUCAUCAUCAAGAAGAAGAAGAAGAAGAUUUUGAAGAUUCCAUGCAAGUGGUUUGGAGAGCUAGUUUAGAUGUAGGAAGAAAAGUUUCAAGAAAUCGAAAAGCUUUAGGAAAAUCAUCAGUUUGUUUUCUUCACUUAUCUUGGGAUCUUCGUUUAUUGACAGAUCCAAUUUAG